GUCCCGCCCCUUGCGGUCCCGCCCCUUGCGGCCCCGCCCGCCGGGGAAAGUGAGUUGCGUGGGCGCCGCGGCCCGGAGCGCAGAGCCGGGAGCCAGAGCUAAGCGGCGCCGCGUGCGGCGGACCCGGGGGUCCUGUCUCUCCUGGGGGUGGCCAAGUCCCAUUUACCCAAAAAGGAAGUGGAAGCCCAGAGAAGGACCAUGGGCUCCAUGUUCCGGAGCGAGGAGGUGGCGCUGGUGCAGCUCUUCCUGCCCACGUCUGCAGCCUACACCUGUGUGAGCCAGCUGGGCGAGCUGGGUCUCGUGGAGUUCAGAGACCUCAAUGCCUCGGUGAGCGCCUUCCAGAGACGCUUUGUGGGGGACGUUCGGCGCUGCGAAGAGCUGGAGAAAACCUUCACGUUCCUGCAGGAGGAGGUGCGGCGGGCUGGGCUGGCGCUGCACCCACCCGAGGGGAGGCUGCUGGCACCCCCACCCCGUGACCUGCUGCGCAUCCAGGAGGAGACAGAUCGCCUGGCCCGGGAGCUCCGGGAUGUGCGGGGCAACCAGCAGUCCCUGCGGGCCCAGCUGCACCAGCUGCAGCUGCACUCGGCCGUGCUGGGCCGGGGCCACCGCCUCCCGUUGGCAGCCACCCCCACAGAUGGGCUCUUGGAAAGAACCCCCCUUCUCCAGCCCCCGGGGGGGCCCCACCAGGACCUGAGAGUCAACUUCGUGGCAGGUGCUGUGGAGCCCGCCAAGGCCGCCGCCCUGGAACGCCUGCUCUGGAGGGCCUGCCGCGGCUUCCUUAUCGCCAGCUUCAGGGAGACGGAGCAGCCGCUGGAGGACCCCGUGACGGGUGAGCCUGCCACGUGGAUGACCUUCCUCAUCUCCUACUGGGGCGAGCAGAUAGGGCAGAAGAUCCGCAAGAUCACGGACUGCUUCCACUGCCACGUGUUCCCGUUCGUGGAGCAGGAGGAAGGCCGCCUGGGGACCCUGCAGCAGCUGCAGCAGCAGAGCCAGGAGCUGCAGGAGGUCCUGGGGGAGACGGAGCGCUUCCUGAGCCAGGUGCUGGGCCGGGUGCAGCGGCUGCUGCCACCCUGGCAGGUGCAGAUCCGCAAGAUGAAGGCCGUGUACCUGGUCCUCAACCAGUGUAGCGUGAGCGCCACGCACAAGUGCCUCAUUGCCGAGGGCUGGUGCGCCACGAGCGACCUGCCCACCCUGCAGCAAGUGCUGCAGGACAGCUCGAGCGAGGCCGGUGUGAGCGCUGUGGUUCACCGCAUCCCCUGCCGGGACAUGCCCCCCACACUCAUCCGCACCAACCGCUUCACGGCCAGCUUCCAAGGCAUCGUGGACGCCUACGGCGUGGGCCGCUACCAGGAGGUCAACCCUGCUCCCUACACCAUCAUCACCUUCCCCUUCCUCUUCGCCGUCAUGUUCGGCGACGUGGGCCACGGGCUGCUCAUGUUCCUCUUCGCCCUGGCCAUGGUGCUCGCGGAGAACCGGCCGGCCGUGAAGACGGCGCAGAAUGAGAUCUGGCGGACCUUCUUCAGUGGCCGCUACCUGCUGCUGCUCAUGGGGCUGUUCUCCGUCUACACCGGCUUCAUCUACAACGAGUGUUUCAGCCGCGCCACGACCAUCUUCCCCUCGGGCUGGAGCGUAGCGGCCAUGGCCACCCAGUCCGGCUGGAGCGACGCAUUCCUGGCCGAGCACCCGCUGCUCACCCUGGACCCCGCAGUCAGCGGUGUCUUCCUGGGACCCUACCCCUUCGGCAUUGACCCCGUCUGGAGCCUGGCCGUCAACCACCUGAGCUUCCUCAACUCCUUCAAGAUGAAGAUGUCCGUCAUCCUUGGGGUCACCCACAUGACCUUCGGGGUGGUCCUGGGAGUCUUCAACCACGUGCACUUCGGCCAGUGGCACCGGCUGCUCCUGGAGACCCUGCCCGAGCUGGUCUUCCUCCUGGGGCUGUUUGGCUACCUCGUCUUCCUGGUCGUCUACAAGUGGCUGUUCAUCUCCGCCACCGGCCCGGCGCCCAGCAUCCUUAUCCACUUCAUCAACAUGUUCCUCUUCUCCCGCAGCCGCACCAACCCGCCGCUCUUCACCGGGCAGGAGGUGGUGCAGUCCGCACUGGUGGUCGUGGCCCUGGCCGCGGUGCCCGUCCUGCUGCUCGGCACACCCUUGUUCCUACGCUGGCAGCACCGCCGCCGCUCGCCGAGGCCCGCUGGCCGCCCGCUGGAUGAGGACAAGUCCGGGAUUCUGGACUCCUCCGACGCCUCCGUGGCCGGCUGGGGCUCUGAUGAGGAGAAAGCAGGGUGCCCGGGGGACCAAGAGGAGGCCGAGUUUGUCCUGUCCGAGGUGCUCAUGCACCAGGCCAUCCACACCAUCGAGUUCUGCCUGGGCUGCAUCUCCAACACGGCCUCCUACCUGCGCCUCUGGGCCCUGAGCUUGGCCCACGCCCAGCUGUCGGAGGUUCUGUGGGCCAUGGUGAUGCGCGAGGGCCUGCGCAUGGGCCGUGAGCUGGGCGUGGCGGCCGUGGUGCUGGUCCCCAUCUUCGCCGCCUUCGCCGUGUUGACCGUGGCCAUCCUGUUGGUGAUGGAGGGGCUCUCGGCCUUCCUGCACGCACUGCGGUUGCACUGGGUGGAGUUCCAGAACAAGUUCUAUUUGGGCAGUGGCUAUAAGCUGAGCCCCUUCACCUUCGCUGAGGAGGAGGACUAGCGCCUACCUGUGGCCACACUCAGGUCCCUGCCCUUACCUACGGAGAUGAGAAAUAAAGAUGGACUAGGAAUUGU